AUGGAUCUAGAGUAUCUUAAAUUUGCAGAAUUUAGAAAAGCUAACCCGCCUAACUUUAGAGGAGCCUUUGAUCCUGAUAAGGCAGAUGAGUGGAUUAAAGCCAUGGAAAAAGUAUUUUAUGUUUUAGAUUAUACAGAUCGUCAGAAGGUGGCAAAGGGGCCUUUGCCACCUACAUGUUGGAAACAGACGCGAAAUUUUGGUGGAAUGAAGUAUUUUCGUGCUUCUGUCCGUAAUGCCAAGGAACUAGAAUUUAUGCAACUCCAUCAGGAAAACAGUAGUAUAUCGGAGUAUAUCGCUAAAUUUGAGGAGUUGUGUAAGUUUUCCACAAUCUAUCAAAAGAACCCCAAUGAGGUUUGGAAGUGCGUGAAGUUUGAAGGUAGACUGCAAGAGGAUAUUCUUACCACCAUAGGGCCAAUGGAGAUAAGAGAUUUUCCUACCUUAGUUAAUAAGUGUCGAUUAGUGGAAGACUAUAAUAAGAAGUUGGUUGCUGUUAGGUCAACCAGCAAACAACCUCAGAAGCCUUUUGGGAACCAGAUUUGUAAUCAGUGCGGCAAGAAUCAUGGCAACCGCCCAUGCCUAGUAGGUCAAAAUGUUUUCUUUGGAUGUGGCAAACCUGGCCACAAGAUCUACAAAUGUCCAACCAGGAAUCCGCAACAAAACUCUAGACCUCAAUGUCAAGGGCGAGUUUUCACCAUGAAUGCACAUGAAGUUGAAAACUUUGAGGGAUUAAUUCGAGAUACAUGUGAAGUGAAUGGUGAGAUUCUAAUUGUACUUUAUGAUUCAGGUGCUUCACACUCAUUUAUUUCAGAAAGCCAAGGUUUCCUUCUUCUGUCAACCAGUGUGACAGAAGUUAAUCAGAAAAUGGAAGAUAUUCCAGUUGUCAAGGAAUACCUGUAUUCCUUGAGGAUAUUCCCAAAUUUCCUCAUGGAUCAGUUCACCAUUGAAUUGGUGUUAGGGACAGGGCCAAUAUCUAUAGCUUCAUAUAGGAUGUUACCUUUAGAAUUAGCAGAACUUAAGAAGCAGAUUGAAGAACUCUUGGAAAAAGGAUUUAUAUGA